AUGGUUCUGAGUCAAGACACAAAUACCAAAAAAAGAGCAUUUAACGAAGACAAGGGAGCGGGAACUGCAGACGACUCAAUUGACAGCUUUGGCUUUGAUGUUUCGGUAGAACAAACGCAGCCCAACACUGUGUCUCGAAAACCGGGAGUAGUCGACGAAGACUUAAAUGAUCUCGAAAUGGAGUCCAGUCCAGAAAUUGCUGACAUAGAUGCGGAAGUGGAAGACAACGACGACGACGAUGGAGAAGAAGAAGAAGAAGAAGAAGAAGAAGAGAUCACCGAGCAAGACGCCAUUGGAGAAUUAAGUGAUGACGUUCAAAUAGUGGAUGACAAUGGAAAUAUUAUUGACGUGGUGGGCAAUACUGACUCGGAUUAUGCAAAUCAAAAUCAGACAAACAAUUUAGCGUCUACAGCCGACUCCGCACAUGGCAAACAACGUAAUGGACGACAAAAGACGUACCCCGUGGCAACUGAUUUUGAUGCACUUGCAAGCACUUUGAUGAAGCCCAUUGAGGAUUACCCUGUUGAAGACUCGGCACAUUACGUUUGGGAGAUAAAAGACUGGGCCCUGCUUCUGAAACAGGACAAGGUUCGAUCCCCAACUUUCAAGUGUGGUAAAUUCGAGUGGAACAUUUUACUUUUCCCUAGGGGCAAUGGUCAACAAACUUUCAUCUCAAUUUACAUAGAGCCACACCCACCUAAAGACGAGGCUACUGGUAAGCCCUUGGACGAAAACUGGUAUGUUUGUGCACAAUUUGGACUUGAUUUGUGGAACCCCGACCACCCAGAUGCUCAUUUUCCAAAUCAAAGCUCACAUAGAUUUAGUAAAAAUGACACAGACUGGGGGUUUUCUUCAUUGAUUGAAUUGGAAACUUUAAAGUCAAUAGGAAACAUCAGAGUACAGCCAUCGGAUUUCCCCAUUUUGGAGAAGAAUCAGUUAAACAUCACUGCCUUUGUCAGAGUAAUUGAUGAUUCCUCCACUGGAACGUUGUGGAACUCGUUGACUAAUUACGACUCGAAAACUAAUGCUGGUUAUGUUGGUUUGACCAACCAGGGAGCUACUUGUUAUCUAAACUCUCUUAUACAGAGUUAUUUCACAACAAAGGUGUUUAGGAAAUUGGUCUAUCAGAUACCCACGAAUUUGAAAAAGAAUGCUGCAGUUGCGUAUGCUUUACAGCGUAUUUUCUACCAGUUGUCAAAAUCAAACGAUCCUGUAACCACACUGGACUUGACCAAAUCUUUUGGCUGGGACUCGUCGGAUGCAUUUACACAGCAUGAUGUGCAAGAAUUGAAUCGUAUUUUGAUGGACAAGUUGGAAACGGCAAUGAAGGGCACGGAGAUAGAGAAUGGAUUGAACGAUAUUUUCGUUGGAAAAAUGAAGUCUUACAUCAAGUGUGUCAAUGUUCCUUAUGAAUCAUCUAGAGUUGAGGACUUUUGGGAUAUCCAAUUGAAUGUUAAAGGUUGCCAAAAUUUAGAACAGUCUUUCAAGAACUACAUUGAGAUAGAAAUGUUGGAUGGUGAAAACAAAUACCAGGCUGGUGAUGAGUAUGGGUAUCAAGAUGCCAAGAAGGGGGUUGUUUUUGAAUCCUUCCCACAAGUUUUGCACUUGCAAUUGAAAAGAUUUGAGUAUGACUUUAUGGUUGAUGACUUGGUCAAAAUCGACGACUUUUACGAAUUUCCGGAUAAAAUUGAUUUGAAACCAUAUUUGGACGAAGAUUUACCUGCAGAUGUCCGUAACCAAAAUUGGAAUUACAAGUUGCAUGGUGUGUUGGUUCACCAGGGAACAAUCUCCAAUGGUCACUAUUAUGCCAUGAUCAAGCCCAAUGCUGAUGACAAUGUGUGGUUGAGAUUCGAUGACGACAAAGUGUGGAAAGUGUCGAAGACACAGGUCUUUAAGGAGAAUUUUGGAGCUCCCGAGUUAACUAGAGAGCAAUUGGCAACCAUGUCUAGAUUGGAGCAGCAAGAGUAUUUGAUUAGAAGGGUUACGUCUGCUUACAUGUUGGUGUACUAUCGUGAAUCCGAAUUGGAAACAAUUUUGCCCUCCGAUGAAGAAGCAAUAAAUGCAGUCAUAUCGCCAGAUAUUGCCAAGCAGAUUCAAAAUGAAUGGGAGGAGAGGUUAGAAUUGGAAAAAGAAAGACAAGAAGCGUUGUAUUACAUAACCGCCGAAGUUAUCACCAUCAGCACAAUUCAGAGCCAUACAGGAUUCGAUUUGGCGUUGGAUGAAAAAUCUGAGAUCUACUAUGACGAAAGUCUUGCUGGGACUGAGUCAGAUACUAAACCGUUCAAAAUUCGUAAAGAUAGCUCAUUUUCCGACCUUGUUGAUCAAAUCGGUGAGCUGUUGGGCUACCAGGAUACAAGCUUGUUCAGACUUGGUAUUGUGUGUCAUAGAAACAAUCAUACUAAUAGAUUAGACGAAUUUGUCGAUGACAAGGCCAAUGAUUUAACAGUUAUCAGCUUUUACAACAAAUUUUUCAACAGGAAGCACGAUCAUAUGGUGUUUUACGUGGAGGAACUCAACAAAGAUAUCAAUAAUUUGAUCAAGUUGGUUGAUGUUGAAAAGAGGAUAGAUCCUGCUGACUUUAAAUUUGAUGAAACUUUUGCAAAGAUCAACUCAGUGGGUCAUGAGGUUACAGAGGACAUGAAGUUUCCCGACAAACACUCAAAUGACAUUACCAUUUUUGUCAAAUACUUUGAUCCUGUUUCCCAGGAAGUGAGGUCUUUGUCACAUAUCACUGUUACCACUAGCGACCCGGUCAAAUCGAUUAUUGAGCCGGUCAAAGCUUUAUUAGGAUUCAAAGAGGAUAUCAAUCUUGAAUUGUACGAGGAAUUGACUCCGCACAAGUGCGACAAGCUUGAAGUCGACAGAGUUUUUGAACAAUUGGAGUUGAGUACUGGUGAUGUUAUUGUGGCGCAGGUGUCGAAUGCCAGUGAAUUGGCUGGAGAGAAACGAUUCAAGAAUGUGAAGGAUUAUUACAGGUUUUAUGCAAGUCGUGUGCACGUCAGAGUGAAGCCGUUCAAUGCCAACGAAUCGGAUGAGGACUCCGACUACGUCGACGAGGAAGGAGAAGAAGAGAGCGAAAACGCAGAGCUCAACUCCAACAAAGAGCGGAAAGAUUUGAAUGGCCAAUACAAUGAUGAAACGACGAUAAAGGAAAUUGAAGAGGUGAAAAAGUUGAGCAGAAGUUUUGACUUGUGGAUUUCUACAACUUAUAGCUACCAAGAUUUAGCCGAGGCUAUUGCAGCAGUUAUCAAAUGUGACCCUGAGUACUUGAGACUUUUUGUCAUUGGAAACCAAGGCACACGCUAUCCGUUAAAGACUAGCCAUUUUUUGCAUCAAAUUUUCCCCAGAAACGUUUCCGUGAAUCAACUCUAUGAUAUCGAGUACGAGGUUUUGAACAUCAAAACGAAGGAGUACGAGAAUUUGAAACUGUUCAAAGUGUUUUGGCUUAGUAAUUUGUUACAGUACCAAGAAUUUGAAUUGUUGGUGCCAAAGCGAGGAACAUUGCAAGAUUUGGUCAAUAAGUUGUUGCACAAGGUUGAAGUUUCCGAAAAGGACUUGAAACAUCUUUUGUGCUGGUCUGGAUCAAAUCACAAAUUCACGGAAAUUCUCAGAUUGGAUACCCCAGUACUGCAGGUGAACCAAGAAGAGGAGAUUUAUUGUGGUUUGUUUCCGGCUGAAGUUGAAGCAUUGUGUGCUCACGAUAUUAUCAAGAGGAGUACUGGCGGAUCCGUUGACCCAGAAGAUAUUGAAGAUGAGGUGCUCAGGGAUGAGUUUAUCAAAGUUCGUGAAAAUGCAAAGAAUAUCAACAUAAUCCCUGCAUUUCACUUCCAUAAACAGAGCACAAACCACCACGGUAUACCAUUUUUUGUCAUUCUUUUCCCCAAUGAGUUGUGGAGCGAUACAAAGGAGAGAUUAAGGAGGAAAUUGGGGUUGGGCAAGCAGGCUUUUGAUAAGAUCAAGUUUGCCUUGGCAGAUGCCAAUGACAAGGGACUGUAUAUUGACGAAACUGAUCCUCAGUUAGUAUUAUUUGAUAAAGUUGGCACGUUGAGGUUCAAUUUGGCUCUUGAUCACAUUGAUCGUAGCCCAAAGCGUCAAAACCUAUACGAGAAAGGCAUUUCAAUAAGGUGA